UCAUCAGCGCGCGGCCAUGGCUGUUGCCUGGGUAACGGGGCCAUGGCGCUCAGAUGGCUCUCUGUACGGUCCCUGGGCCAGAGGGGAGCUGAUCACUGGAGAUCUCUGUGUCGUGUAAUGGCCAGGGGACUUUGCGAAGCUCUAAUUUACCACAAGCAUGGCGACCCUCUCCGUGUUAUCCGGCUUGAAACUCUCAAACCACCUCCGCUUGGUGAUUCUGAUGUUAGAGUCCAAAUGUUAGCAGCACCUAUCAAUCCCUCAGAUAUCAACAUGGUUCAAGGUACCUAUCCAAUUCUCCCCAAUCUUCCAGCAGUUGGAGGAAAUGAAGGAGUAGGACAAGUUCUGGAAGUAGGCAGUAAAGUAACUGAUCUGAAGCCAGGAGACUGGGUAAUACCAUCUGAUGCAGGGCUGGGAACCUGGAGAACAGAAACAGUGGACAAUAUGAAUCGUUUUAGUAAAGUUCCAAAUAACCUGCCCCUUCUGUGUGCUGCUACCUUGGGUGUCAACACAUGUACUGCCUAUAGAAUGUUGUAUGACUUUGCGACAUUGAAGCCUGGUGACUCUGUGAUACAGAAUGCUGCAAAUAGUGGUGUUGGCCAAGCAGCAAUUCAGAUAGCCAAAGCUAUGGGAUUGACGACCAUUAAUGUUGUCAGAGACAGACCAGACUUGCAGCAGUUGACAGACAGAAUGAAAUCAAUGGGAGCUCACUAUGUAAUUACAGAGGAGGCACUCAGGAAACCAGACAUGGAAGAUUUAUUCAAGAAAGUCCCAAGACCACAUCUAGCAUUGAAUGGUGUUGGAGGCAAAAGUGCUACAGAGAUCUUGCGGCAUUUAGUGAAAGGAGGGACUUUGGUAACAUAUGGUGGAAUGGCAAAACAACCAAUCACAGUUCCAGCAAGUGCGCUUAUUUUCAAAAACGUUAAAAUCCAGGGAUUCUGGAUGACACGGUGGAAACAAGAUCAUGGGCAUGACUUGGUACAGGAAAUGAUCUCUGUGCUGUGUGACUUCAUCCAAGCAGGGAAGCUGAGGGCACCAGUUUGCACGAAGGUUAAAUUCCAGGACUAUCCAACUGCUCUCAAAGCUGCAACAACACCAUUUAUAUCCAGCAAGCAAAUCUUAAUUAUGUGACUUAUUUAAAACUGUAAGCAAUCUAUAAGCAUUUACAAAAUAUGAUAUUCUCUUCAGAUAGACAGUUUU